CCCAUCCCGCCAUUUGCCCGCCCAUCCCCGCCAUUUGCCCGCCCAUCCCCACAGUUGUCCACGCCCUGCCCCUGCCCUUGCCCCUUGCGCCGCCCCAGUGCACUCGCGUACGCGCAGGUUCCUGCCGACCCGGAAGCGGAUCUCGCGGGGCUACUGGCGCUCUCGGGUGAGUGAGUCUUCAUCUUUCGGGUUCAAGCCUGCUCUUCGCGGGCCUCAGGUUCCCACGCUCCGAUGUCGGGUUUUGGGGUCGCCCUGCAGGUUAAAACGCAGAACCUGCUCAUUCCUCUCGCGGCGUGGCCCUAAGACGUUCCCAGUCCCGUCGCUCCGAGAGGGUCUGGAGAUCUGCGUCCAUUUCGGAUUAAAAUCGUUCUGAAGUGGGUACUGGCCCCGACCUUUUUGCUUUAGCCCACACAAUAUGACCUCAGGGAGGAUGCGAGGAAGAUGAAGAACUGUGAUGAUCCACUUCUUCUUAAUGAAUGACUGACUUACCGGAGAAAGAAACUCAGAGGAAGAGGAAAGAAAGAAGAGGAGGGAAUGGCUGUUUCUCAGGGACUGUUUACAUUCAAGGAUGUGGCCAUAGAAUUCUCUCAAGAGGAGUGGGAGUGCCUGGACCCCGCCCAGAGGGCCUUGUACAGGGACGUGAUGUUGGAGAACUACAGGAACCUGCUCUCUCUGGAUGAGGAUAACAUCCCUCCAGAAAACGAUAUUUCUGUUGGAUUUACAAGCAAGGGAUUAUCACCAAAGGAAAAUAAUAAAGAGGAAUUAUACCAUCUGGUGAUAUUAGAAAGAAAGGAAAGCCAUGGCAUCAACAAUUUUGACCUCAAGGAAAUCUGGGAAAAUAUGCCUCAGUUUGACAGCUUGUGGGACUAUGAUGCAAAAAAUUACAAAGGAACGCCUUUGACCUGUAUCAAAAAUCUCACUCACAGAAAAGAUCAACAACAUAAUAAAUCCUCAAUACAUUUCUCUUUAAAGCAGAGUGUUUCUAUAAGAGAUGGUGCAUACCAGUAUUUCAUACAUGACAAGCCAUUUAUAAGGAACUUGUUAAAACUGAAAAAUAACAUAAGGUAUGCCGGAAGCAAAUAUGUGAAGUGUUUUGAAAAUAGAAUUGGAUUAAGCCUACAGGGACAGCUGGCUGAACUACAGAGAUUUCAAACUGGGGAGAAAAUGUAUGAAUGUAAUCCAGUUGAGAAGUCUAUCAAUAGCUCCUCAGUUUCACCACUUCCUCCUUGUGUCAAAAACAUUUGUAAUAAAUAUAGGAAGAUUUUGAAAUACCCUUUGUUACAUACACAGUAUGGGAGAACACACAUUAGAGAAAAAUCAUACAAAUGUAAUGACUGUGGAAAGGCUUUUAGCAAAAGUUCGAACCUCACUAAUCAUCGGAGAAUUCACUCGGGACAGAGACCUUACAAAUGUAACGAGUGUGGCAAAGCCUUUAACCAGUGUUCGAACCUCACUAGGCAUCAGAGAGUCCAUACAGGAGAGAAACCAUAUCAAUGUAAUAUAUGUGGCAAGGUCUGUAGUCAAAAUUCAAAUCUUGCAAGUCAUCAGAGAAUGCAUACUGGAGAGAAACCUUACAAAUGUAAUGAAUGUGGUAAGGCAUUUAUCCAGCGUUCACACCUUUGGGGUCAUGAAAGAAUUCAUACUGGAGAGAAACCUUACAAAUGUAAUGAAUGUGACAAAGCCUUCGCUGAGCGUUCAAGCCUUACCCAACAUAAGAGAAUCCAUACUGGAGAGAAGCCUUACAUAUGUAAUGAGUGUGGGAAAGCUUUUAAGCAGUGUUCACAUCUCACUAGGCAUCAGAAUAUACAUCCUGGAGAGAAGCCACACAAAUGUAAUGUGUGUGGCAGGGCUUUUGUCCAAAGUUCAAGUCUUGUGGAACAUCAGAGAAUUCACACUGGAGAAAAACCUUACAAAUGUAAUAAAUGUGAUAAAGCUUUUAUGAAACGUUCACACCUUUGGGGUCAUCAGAGAACUCAUACUGGAGAGAAACCUUACAAAUGUACUGAAUGUGGCAAAGCCUUUACUGAACGUUCAAAUCUUACUCAGCAUAAGAAAAUCCAUACUGGAGAGAAACCUUACAAAUGUACUGAAUGUGGCAAAGCUUUUACCCAAUUUGCAAACCUCACUAGACAUCAGAAAAUACACAUUGAAAAGAAACAUUGUAAACAUAAUAUACAUGGUAAUGCUUUAUUCCAAAGUUCAAACCUUGGAGAUCAUCAAAAAAGUUAUAAUAGAGAAAAACAUAUCAAAUAUAAUGAGACAAAAAUUAAGUAUUCAAGCUGUACUUAGCAUCGGGGGCUCCAUUGUGAAAAGAAACCAUAUAAAACGAAAAUGUGGUAAAGCCUUUAGCUAUGGCUUAUACCUCACUUGAUACCAGAAUAUACGUCUUUGAGAUAAACCACACGAAGAUAACACGUAUGGCAAGGCUUAUCCAAAGUUCAAGCCUUGUGGAACAUCACAGAAUUCUUACUGUAGAGAAGCCUUACAAAUAUAAUGAAUGUGAACAGCUUUAUAAAAAUAUUUACGCUAUUAUGGUUAUAACAGAAGACAUUCAGGAUGGAAACCAUACAAAUGUGGCAAGUCCUUUAAGCAACGUUCUGACUUCAGGAUACACCAUUCAUAUUGGAGAGAAGCAUUACAAGUUAAGUUGGUAAAUUAUUUUAAAUUUCUCAAUGGAAAUUCAUCCUUAUAUGCAAGCAUUUUGUCAUACAAAAAUUCAGGCUAGAGGGAACUAAGUCUUUAUUCCUUCCUGAAGAUUUAAAUUCCUUCUUGAAGAUCGAUGUUAAAUUCACAGACAAUUUUAAAAAGUCACAAACUCAUGAAAUGGUGUGUGUCAGAGGAGCAAGGACAUCUAUGGAAAGAUGUAACGUCAGUGUUAAAAAUUUUUUAUUCAGUUAUUUCAUAUUUUUAAAAGUAUGAAAUCUGUUGAUGUUAAAUCUUCACGGCAUGCUUUUCAUUUUCAUGAUUGUCUCAAGGAAUGGAUGUAAGAUGGAAGGGACUACUUCCUUAGGUGUGGCUUAUUUAUAUUAUUGAAACCUGGAAAAAGCAAGAACAGUAAUUUUUUUUUUUUUUUUUUUUUUUUUUUUUGGAGACAGAGUCUUGCUGUGUUGCCCAGGCUGGAGUGCAGUGGCAUGUUCUUAGCUCACUGCAACCUCUGCCUCCCGGGUUCAAGCGAUUCUCGUGCCUCAGCCUCACGAGUAGCCAGGAUUACAGGCAUGCACCAUGAUACCUGUUUUUUGUUUUUGUUUUUGUUUUUGUUUUUGGUAUUUUUAGUAGAGAUGGGGUUUCAUCAUGUUGACCAGGCUGAUCUUGAACUCCUGACCUCGGGUGAUCCACCUGCCUUGGCCUCCCAAAGUGCUGGGAUUAUAGGCGUGAGCCACCGUGCCCAGCCAAGAACACUGAUAUACAAUAUACUAUAAGAGCAUGGGGGUUUGUGACAGAAGAGAGGUAAAACUAUUGCCUAACAUAUAUGUUUUAUGUAGUCAGGACCCCUUAGAAUUGUCGAUAGGACUGGGGACCUUUGUCGAUUAUAGGAGAGAUCGGUUACGCUACAAGAUGACCAAGAAAGAAGAACAGGGUGGGACAUUGAGAGAUUUUCAUGGAAGUAAAAUGGUCAGUUACUAGAGACUGCAUAUGUGGUAGAAAGAAAUGGAGUGGGAAUGAUAGUCACCCUCUCUUGAAAGGUAGUAACUGUUGCAUAUCACAGAUUAUUGAACAUAGGUCUUAUUUUUGGAAACUGAAGAGAGAAUGGUUACCAUAGAGGACAGUUCCAUCAAAAGAACCAGAGUAGUGUUCUUAUAGGGGAUUCACAUUUGGCCCCUGAGAUUGCAUUUGAUACCAUUUUAUUUAGAAUAUAUUACACUUCUCAUGUCUUAAUUAGUAAAAUAUAAUCAUUUUUAGUAACCCUGAAUGAAUCAUGUGCCUUCUGUCAACCCAAGCAUAUCCUACCUCAUUGGGACACUUAAUAUCAAACACUAUAAUACAUCAUUAGACUCUCAAGGUUGAAUGUCAUCUACAACAAUUUCUAUCCAUGUUAUGUUCAAACAGUAUACAAUUUAAGAAAUAUACAUUCAUAAUUUGCACUUGAAAUAUUUUCUCCACACUCUGCCCAGAUGACUUCUAUAGCUAUAAAGAAAAUGCCAUGCCAUAGUGGGACAAUAUCAGACCCCCUGAAACCUGCCUUCCCGUUCAUGAAUGUGCACUGUGCGAUUAUAUUUCUACAUGCCUUUUUUCUACAUAACUUUAUUUCUGCAUGCCUUUUACAUGAGAGGAAAAUACAAAUGUAAGCAUAUGAAAAUUAUUAGUAAAUAAAAUUUCUGAAAUAAUAACUUUUUUUAUACUUGGAGCACUCUGUGAAAUAAUUUGAAAAAAAGCAGUGUUCAUGAGUUUCCUCUUAAUAAUGAACAUAGGCAAUGGAUUUUUUUUUUAAAGAAACUAGAAACCUCAUGUAUUUACCACCAAAACAUUUUUUCACUGAUUUGCACUUGUCGCCACUCCACUGGAACAGGAGGGAACCCCGUGCAAAGUUUGGUUUAGAUUUCAGGAUUGGUGGUACUCUACAUCAAAGUAUUAUAAGAAUGUUUAUUACAAAAGGCUUUCUGGAGAGAACAGGGUAGAUUUCCCAUCCUGGUUCAAAAAUGGCUAGAGAAGGCAGUGAAAGAUGACUGACUUGGGGUGUUACGAUGUUUAUCUGGUGGGGCUGGAGUGAAUACUCAACUGUAGUUUAAAUUUUCAGCUAGCCAGCUGGGCAUGGAAGCUGACAUCUGUAAUGUCAGCACUUUGAGAGGCCCAGGCGAGGGGAUUGCUUGAGCCCAGGAGUUUGAGACUAGCAUAGGCAACAUGGCAAGACCCUGUCUACAAAUUUAGAAGUUAGUUGGGCAUGGUGGCACAUUUCUAUAGUCCCAGCUACUCAGGAGGCUGAAGCAGGAGAAUUCCUUGAGCUCAGGAGUUGGAGGUUACAGUGAACUAGGAUCAUGCCACUGCACUCCAGCCUAAGUGACAGAGCAAAGCCCUGUCCAAAAAAAAAAAAUCAAUUUCUAGGCCAGGCACAGUGGCUCAUGUCUGUAAUUCUAACACUUUGGAAGGCCAAAAUGGGCGGAUCGCUUAAGCCCAGGAAUUCGAGACUAGCCUGGGUAAACUGUCACUAUAAAAAAUACCACCCACCCAAAAUUAACAUUUGUUAGUACCUCAUAACUUUUUUGUUGUUGUUUUUGAGACAGAGUCUAACUCUGGUGCCUAGUCUGGAGUGCAGUGGCGCAAUCUCAGCUCACUGCAACCUCCACCUAGCAGGCUCAAGCGAUUCUCCUGCCUCAGCCUCUCGAGUAGCUGGGACUACAGGCAUGCACCACCAUGCCCAGCUAAUUUUUGUAUUUUUAA